GGUAUUGCUCGAUUAUCGUAGCAGCUCAAGAUAGCAAAUACUUGUUGAAGUAUUUGGAAUAUUUCAAGAAAGUUAGUCGGUGGAAUUUUUAUUUUAGUUUUCAUAAUUUAUUAUUAAAUUAAUAUUGAAAUAUUGAUCAGAAAUAUGUCUGCGAAUCGAUUACUCCGAGCCACUGGCUAUAUGGCAAGAUCAAAGCUUUUUACUUCCACUGGUGGAAAAAUGACCACGAGACUCUUUUCUUCAACGGCCGUAGAUAAGGUUUCCCAAAAGGAUCUGCGCACGAAAGUUGUAGAUGAUGUAUUAGUUGUUACAUUAGAUUUACAAGAUGCAAAAGUAAAUUCCGUUAAUGUAUCAAUGACCUCACAAUUUAAGUCAAUACUAAAAGAAUUGGAAUCCAAUGCCUCCUUGAAAUCAGCUGUUGUCAUUUCUGGUAAACCCGGCUGUUUCAUUGCUGGUGCUGACAUAAGUAUGCUAGAAAAAUGUGCCACAGCAGAAGAAGCGACAAAUAUUUCUAGAGAAGGUCAAGAAUUUUUUAAUCAGUUGGAAAACAGUUCAAAGCCCAUCGUUGCGGCUAUUAAUGGAGUUUGUCUUGGAGGUGGUCUUGAACUUGCAUUGGCCUGUCAUUAUCGAAUCGCCACAAAAGAUCGAACCACAAAGCUUGGCACACCUGAAGUCUUAUUGGGCCUUCUUCCUGGUGCAGGCGGAACAGUUAGAAUUCCAAAACUUACUUCUAUCACUACAGCAUUGGAUUUAGAACUCACAGGAAAACAAGUAUCCGCUGAAAGAGCAAAAAAGAUUGGAUUAGUGGAUUUAUUAGUCGAUCCACUUGGACCCGGGCUAGCACCACGCGACCUUAUUACAGUUGAAUACUUGGAACAAGUGGCCAUCCAAACAGCAAAAAACAUUGCCAGCGGAAAAUUAAAAGUAAAUCGAGGCAAAACGUUCAGCGAUAAAGUGGUUGAUUACUGUAUGAAUAUAGAGUUUAUAAAAAAUAAAAUAUUCGAUACAGCUCGAAAACAAGUUAUGAAAUUAUCAAAUGGUCUCUAUCCGGCACCGUUGAGGAUUAUUGAUGUUACUCGUAUCGGUAUCGAUAAAGGGUCUUCGGCUGGGUAUGAAGCUGAAAGUAAAGCUUUCGGAGAACUCGCAAUGACCCCAGAAUCCAAAGGAUUAAUGAACCUAUUUCGUGGUCAAACAGAAUGUAAAAAAAAUAGGUUUGGUAAGCCCCAAACAGAAAUUAAAACUAUUGGAGUAUUAGGAGCAGGGCUUAUGGGCGCAGGAAUUGCUCAAGUAUCAGUAAAUAAUGGAUAUAAAGUGAUCGUUAAAGAUACCUCCAAUAACGGACUUGCACGCGGUAUAGAACAAAUUCAAAAAGGUUUAGACGGUCAGGUGAAAAGGAAAAGAAUUAGCGCAGUUAAGCGUGAACAGAUAAUUUCUACUUUGGAACCGACACUUGAUUAUAAGAAAUUUAAAAAUGCAGAUAUGGUAAUAGAAGCAGUUUUCGAAGAUAUAAAAAUUAAACAUGCAGUCAUUUCUGAGUUAGAGGCAGUCGUCCCCCCUCAUUGUAUAAUUGCCACAAAUACCAGCGCUAUACCUAUUAAAAAUAUUGCUGAAGGUAGCACACGUCCAGAAAAUGUGAUAGGCAUGCAUUAUUUCUCACCAGUGGACAAAAUGCAGUUACUUGAAAUAAUUACACAUCCGAAGACAUCUAAAGAAACUACGAGCAAGGCUGUAGCUGUAGGUCUUAAGCAAGGAAAAGUUGUUAUCACAGUAAGCGAUGGACCUGGCUUUUAUACAACACGCAUUCUAAGCGCAAUUUUAUUCGAAGGACUCAGAAUUAUUCAAGAAGGAUUGGAACCAGCCGAUCUUGACAAGUUAACAAAAAAAUUCGGUUUCCCAGUAGGCGCUGCAACAUUAGUGGACGAAGUAGGAAUUGACGUGGGAUCUCACAUUGCUGCCGAUUUAGCCAAGGCUUUCGGAGAACGUCUUGGGGGAGGAGAUUCAAAUUUGAUGAAGGAUAUGGUUCUAGCAGGAUUUUUAGGAAGGAAAUCCGGCAAAGGCCUUUUCAUUUACGAUGGAAGUAAAGGAAAGGGCAGUCGCCCUGUAAAUAUGGAUGCCCUUAGCAUUAUAAGGGAAAAAUAUUCUCUUGUUUCCAAAGGAGCAAACUCUCCUGAAGACUUAACUUUACGUAUGGUUACACGGUUUGUGAAUGAAGCAGUGCUUUGUCUAGAAGAAGGAAUCUUGGCUAAUCCCUUAGAAGGUGAUAUUGGCGCUGUAUUUGGUCUAGGGUUUCCUCCAUUCUCCGGCGGUCCUUUCCGCUGGGUUGAUCACUAUUCGGCUUCAAAAAUAGUGGCCAAAAUGGAAUCAUAUGCUAAUCUGUAUGGUAUCGCAUUUAAACCAGCACAAACAUUGCUCGAUAUGGCAAAGGACUCUUCAAAGAAAUUUCAUCCAACCACGGGAUCAUCUAAACUGUAAUAUAUCUUCCGAAUAGGAGCAUUUGAAAAUUAUCUCAUAUUUUUUUAAAUUAAUAUUUUUAAAACAAGAUUUGAAUUUUAUGUAUUUACAAUAUAAUUAUUUUAUUAAAUCGAAUAAAAAAAAUAACCCUUUUUGAGAAUAUGUCGACAGAAAAGACGAUUCUCCUUCUCUCUUUUUAAUAAGGAA